AUGACGAGGCCUGCGUUCUCAGAAGAAUUCGUCGACUAUUACGAUGUGUUAGGAAUCGAAAGUACUAGUGAUUAUGUCCAAAUCCGUCAACAAUAUCUAAAAUUAGUUUUGCGUUUCCAUCCUGACAGAAAUCCAGGCCGAGAGCAAGAUGUGAUUCCACAUUUUCAGUUGAUCCAAAGGGCACAUGAAGUUUUGCGAGAUGGAAAGCUGCGGGAAUUAUAUGAUCAAAAACGUCUAUUAGAAUUCGGAAGGUUGGACGGGCUGUCUCGAUUUCGCCCAAAAAAAACAGACUAUACUUCUCCAAAUCGUAAGGGCCCCAAUGUAACCUCAAAAGUGAGCACAAAAGUUUCAGAAUACUUUUCUAGAAACAAAAAGAAGGGCGAUUUAGGUAAUGAACAAGCACAUGGAUCUCCUUACCGUCCUUUUUCGUCUGCUGAACGGCAGAGAUAUUCAUCGUCGUAUUCGACGAGGAGUCCCAUCUCUAGCCCAAUUCCAGUAAUAAGCCAUGAAGAUCAGAAAGGAUUAUAUUCCUCCUCCAACAACAACUCCCAUGAGCGGAAUCCAGCAAACAAUGCAAAUGUUAAUAACCGAUUUCAACCUCUCUCCAAGUUUGAAGCAAAGCUGUAUUUAGAAUCUUUACGAGAAAAACGACGUUCCUUUAGCUCAACUCCUAAAUCUGAUAACACCUCUUAUACCCGUUCUCCUACUUCUACUUCAAGUCCUCAUUCAGUGUUUACACAUUCUAACCAAGAAAAACCUUCAUUACACCAAGAACCUCCCCAAAGUCCAGAGUCAUUUUCAAUUUCACUCAAUUCUCUUUCUCCAUCUCCUCGUUUACCUCAGCAUUAUAAACGGGAUCUCCGUCACCAUCGUCCGACUUCCAUAGCGACCGAUUUUCGCUCGAUUUCAAGCUAUAAUCCUGAUCACAUAGCUUUUGGGAAAAUAGAAGAAAUUCAAGAUGACUCUUUACAACCCCCCAAUUCCGCUAAUUCUGUUUCCUCAUCAACCGAAUACCAUAAUGAGCUUCAAAAAGUUUUGCGCUCUUUAGAAAGAGAAGAAGAAUUUGAAGAUGAGAUAACUCAAUUGCUUCCAAAUCCACCAAGCUUCCCUCAAAUUAAAGCUCCAGUUCCUCCUCUGUUACCCACGGACAUUUCAAAUGAAACCAUUGAUAAGUACUUUCAUGACUUUGAAGUAUACCAGAAAAAAUGGUCUUCUUACUCUUUGAUAUAUACUCAGUUUUUAUUUCAUUGGCAAAUAUUCAAAAAUAAAUGCUUUCAACUGGACCUCAUGAAUACUCCAGGACAUACUAGACUCUUGCAUAACUGGCAGGAGGGAACUCAAAACACUCGGGAAUUUUUAUCUUUUGAAGAAAUGCAUUACACAGCUAUUUCUGAUCUAAUGUCCUUCAAAGAAUCUUUAUUCUCGUCCCUCAACCUUUAG